GAAGGAAUAUGCGCAAGUUGAUGAGGAAGAUUCGAGGAUCAUGCGCAUCUCCGACUUCCCGAUUCUCUUUACAUUCCAGUUUCAUGUCUGACCCAAUACGACUUUCCCAUUCAACUCAGCUACACCCCCAGUUCCUUUUCUCUCUUAUAAAUUCUUCAUUCUUUUAUAUUGCCCGUCCACCUUGUCUCCUCAGCUACACCGCUUCGCCACGUCUUCCCAGAAUCAAGCAGUAUAGUUGGAUGCUUUGGGUACUCUUGGUCCAGUUAAUGCCAGCAAGUUCUUGCUGGAAAUCAAAUUGAUUCAAUUUAUUACUAAAAGGUUUAUGAGGCACCAGACUACACUGAACCCAAGCAGAGCCCUUGAGGGUGUCCAUGGGGUACAUGUGGUGCCUCAUUCACCGUUUGCAUUGGAAGAGAAUAAUAAAGAUGGGGACUUUCCUGAAGCAAUCAGUAGAAGCUCAGCUAUUGAAGCAAAUCAGCGGCUACUAAUGCAAUGGAUAUGGCAACACAGACCAGCCUGUUUGAGACCCAUCCAAGGGUGUUGUCAUGGUGACAAGAAUCUGGCAGAAACAGUGGCUAAUGUGCUUACUUCACUUCCUUUUAUAGCUCUUGGAAUCCAGGCCCCAAGGAAGAACCUGAAUACUAAGCUGUAUGCUAAUUCAUUAGUUGGAGUUGGAGUUGCCUCAAGUUUGUACCACUCUUCAAGAGGAAAAUUGAGGCACUAUCUGAGAUGGGUGGAUUACACAAUGAUAGCCACGGCAUCAGUUUGUCUAUCGAGAGCCCUCAGAGAUGAUAACCCAAAGUUACUGAUGGCUGCAUCUGCAUUUCUGUUACCUGUCCAGCCUCUAAUGGUUUCAGCUGUUCAUACUGGGAUGAUGGAGUUAGUAUUUUCAAAAAGAGCAUCAAAAGAUCCAGAUCUGAGGAUGGCCCACAACGUGCAUAAGAUGUCAUCGCUGUUGGGUGGUGUGCUUUUUAUAGCUGAUGAUGUUUUUCCUACGACUCCAUUCAUUCAUGCUGGGUGGCAUCUGGCUGCAGCUGUUGGUGUUGGCGCAUGCAAUAAGCUUCUUGAGUAGUUGUAUAUAUAUAAAUCAAAAAUUGAUUCCAAAUGUUCAAGUCGUCUAAAGAUCAGCUGCAGCAUCUUAAUUACUAGGGAUGGAGUAGUAUAUAUUUCCUCCAAAGCUAUUGUAGAUUUAGAUCAAUUCAUUAUUUCAUGCUG